GUGUGAUGGGGAAAACCUGAGGGACAGGCAGAAGCGCUCCCCGCCUUCCUGAUGCCGUGGCUCCUGUAGAACAUGACCAUCGGGGUCACUUCCCCUUGCUGUCUUGCAGAGUCAAGCCAAAGCAUGUGCUUCCCCCUCCUCCCCCGUUGGUUCCUGCCGUGUCUCCGUCUGUCUCUGCUGCCUUCCCACCAUCUGAUGUAAUCGCAGGACAUCCGUAAGGCUUCCCGUACUCCCUGGGGCUCACCCAUGGCUGGCUAAGCCUCAGUCCAAGGGCACUACCAUGAGGCCCUGCAUCAACCGCUGCCUACAGCUGUUAGCCGACGACGCACACAAACAGCAGGUCAGCUGCCGAGGGGGCCCCCACCAGAGUCACCAGGCGUGCCCCGCAUGCAAAGGAGAAAACAAGAUCCUGCUUCGCGUGGACAGUAAGCAGAUGAACUUGCUGGCUGUUCUCGAAGUGAGGACUGAAGGGAACGAGGCCUGGGGCGGGUUUCUGCGCUUUAAGAAGGGGAAGCGAUGCAGCCUGGUGUUUGGACUGGUCAUAAUGACCUUGGUGAUGGCUUCCUACAUCCUUUCUGGGGCUCACCAGGAGCUUCUCAUCUCGUCUCCUUUCCACUAUGGGGGCUUCCCCAGCAACCCCAGCUUGCUGGACGGUGAAAACCCAGGCGACCUGAAGGAGCAUCACCACCAGCCCCCUGUAAAUAACGUGUCCUACGUCAAGGACUAUCCCAGCAUCCAGCUGGUCAUCAGCAGCAUCACCGCCAGGAUCGAGUUCACCACCAGGCAGCUCCCCGACCUGCAAGACCUCAGGAGGCAGGAGCUGCAUAUGUUCUCAGUCAUCCCCUCUAAGUUCCUGCCCAACAGCAAGAGCCCCUGCUGGUACGAGGAGUUCUCGGGGAGGAACACCACUGACCCCUACCUGACCAACUCCUACGUGCUCUACUCCAAGCGCUUCCGCUCCACUUUCGAUGCGCUGCGCAAGGCUUUCUGGGGCCACCUGUCGCAUGCGCACGGCAAGCACUUCCGCCUGCGCUGCCUGCCGCACUUCUACAUCAUCGGGCAGCCCAAGUGCGGGACCACUGACCUCUACGACCGCCUGCGGCUGCACCCGGAGGUGAAGUUCUCGGCCAUCAAGGAGCCGCACUGGUGGACCCGGAAGCGCUUUGGAAUUGUCCGCCUUCGAGAUGGGCUGCGAGACCGCUACCCUGUGGAAGAUUACCUGGACCUCUUUGAUUUGGCCGCGCACCAGAUCCAUCAGGGCCUGCAGGCCGGCUCAGCAAGGGAGCCGAGCGAGAUGAACAAAAUCAUUAUUGGGGAGGCCAGCGCCUCCACCAUGUGGGAUAACAAUGCCUGGACCUUCUUCUACGACAACAGCACAGACGGGGAGCCGCCAUUCCUGACCCAGGACUUCAUUCACGCCUUUCAGCCACAGGCCAAGCUGAUUGUCAUGCUCAGGGACCCCGUGGAGAGGUUGUACUCUGACUAUCUCUACUUUGCAAGUUCGAAUAAAUCUGCGGACGACUUCCAUGAGAAAGUGACAGAAGCUCUGCAGCUGUUCGAAAAUUGCAUGCUGGAUUACUCGCUGCGCGCCUGCGUCUACAACAACACCCUCAACAACGCCAUGCCUGUGAGGCUCCAGGUGGGGCUGUAUGCCGUGUACCUUCUGGACUGGCUCACUGUUUUUAAUAAGGAUCAGUUUCUCAUUCUGCGCCUGGAAGACCACGCAUCCAAUGUCAAGUACACCAUGCACAGGGUCUUUCAGUUCCUGAACCUGGGGCCCCUAAGUGAGAAGCAAGAGGCCUUGAUGACCAAGAGCCCUGCGUCCAAUGCACGGCGUCCAGAGGACCGGAACCUGGGGCCCAUGUGGCCGGUCACACAGAAGAUCUUGCAGGACUUCUAUGGGCCUUUCAAUGCUCGGCUGGUGCAGAUCCUCGCCGAUGAAGCGUUUGCGUGGAAGACACAGUGAGACCUUAGUCCUGGCUGUAGGCAUGGGGCUCAGCGACCCUGUCAUUGCCAUGACUUGAACCGUCUCCCUCGGUGGGGAACUGUUUUACACACAGUGUGGAGAAAACCGGGAGACUCCAUCUUCUUUUCCUCCCCAGGCACCUGUUAAUUAGAACCAUUCCAGAAUUUCCUUUGUGAAGUUCAGUAGCUUAGCCCUUGACCCCACAGAGCCCCUCCAGAGGCCACUGGAAGCUGCAGGUGGGCAAGAAUUGAGUUCUGCUCUGUGAGCACCCGGAGCCCUGGGGAGGGACGGGCUUGCAGUGCAGAGAGGAGGCCUG